AUGCACGAGGUGGGGCCAGCUCAGCCUUGCACAGAUGAUGUGAAUAAGCUGAGGAGCCAGGCUCCACAUAUGACAGAAAAGACGUCACACUCAUUUUCUGUGUCUGGCUUUGUUGCUAACUUUGCAGUUUUACACAAGUCCUCCAUGCUGAGGUACCAUGACAAGCCAACUAUGGAAAACACUGAAGAAAACAUAUAUGAAGCAGCAAGAAACACUCCUCAAUAUGGGGAGAUUUCUGACUUGAACCAGCAGGUAUGGGCUAUAAGUGGUCAGACCCUUGUGACAGUUCCGAGGAGCAAUACUGAAGCCCCAGUCACCGUCACUGUGCUCGCAUGCAAGUACCCAGAGUCCCUUGAGCAGGGCAAAGGCAUUCCCAUUUAUUUUGGAAUCCAGAAUCCAGAAAAAUGCCUGUUUUGUGGGGAAGUUGAUGGACAGCCCACUCUGCAGCUGAAGGAAGAGAAGAUUUUGGAUUUGUACAACCAUCCUGAGCCAAAGAAGCCCUUCCUGUUUUACCACACCAGGACGGGUAGAACGUCCACCUUUGAGUCAGUGGCUUUCCCUAGCAGGUUUAUUGCCUCCUCCAAGAAUAACCAGCUCUUCCUCACAUCAAAACAGGGGGAAUAUUACAACAUUAACUUCAAUUUAAAUGUAGGGCCUUGA